AUGGACGACACUUCCGCCGCAGUCAAGAGGGCCGGUUCCGCCGCCGAUACUGAGGAAGACUUUUCCACUGUCCCCACCACCACCGCUGCAUCCGAGAACGGAUUCGAGGAUCUCUCUAUUUCCGAAACGGACUCUAAUACGCGUGUUGCACCCAGUGACACGCAGUCGUCGUCCGCCACUGUCGGUGCUGUCGGUGGGGUGAACGAAGCAGUUCCGGCGCCUGCACCGGCACGCGAGGCUGACGAGCCCGCCCCACGCACCUCACGUGCCGACUCGGCGUCGCUCAGCACGAGCUCGUCCGGUCUGGUGCUGUUCGACCUCACCAACAAGCCCGGCGGAACGGCGUGCUUCUCGGCUCACACGAUCAAAACGCUAUUGGAUCUCAAACUGCUCAAUGUCGGCUACGAGCGUCAGCGGCUCACCUUUAUUCAAGUGCGCAACGAGCUGGCUGAGCGCAUCGCCGACAAUGUCACCGUUCCCGCGCUCGAGCUGAGCGACGGCUCGCACAUCGUUGACUCCUGGAACAUCGCCGAGUACCUCGAGCGCCGCCACCCGGAAGGCCACCGCAUCUUCGGCAACUCGUCGACCAAGCGACUCGCGGCGAUGCUCAACCAGUUCGGCAAGACUGUGCUCGCGCCGCACAUCGCCCCGCUUGCGCAGAAGGGCGUGCACGCCAUGCUCGACCCGGAGUCCGCCGCGUACUUUGCAGACGUCAAGAUCGGCAAGGCGCGCUGGGCCAAGGUCUCGAGCCUCUCGCAGGCCGAGCGCGACACGCACGUCCAGCAGGCGAUUGCAAAGCUCGAGGUCGUCAAUGCAAUCCUCACCUGCGAAGGCGGACUCGACUCCACGCCGGCGCAGCCCCUUGGCAGCAGCACCACCACCAGCAGCGCCGCAAGCAACCCACUCGUCGAUACCGCCGCGAACGGCAGACGCGGCAGCAAGAGCGAACAGAGCGUGUGGCUCGCGGGUGGCGAACAGCCGACACAUGCCGACUUUGUGCUCUUCGGCUGGUACGUCUUCUCGCGCGCCGCGGGCCACAAGACGGCCAAGGAGAUCUGGUUCGCCCACAAGCCCAUCGCCAAAUGGGUGCAGGCGCUCGAGGCGUGGUCAGGCGAUCUGGCGCGUGACUUUGUGUAG